GUCUGUAAGUGCACCCUGAUGUCCGGAAGACAGACACUCAGCGGUAAUAAUUGCUCCGGGGCUGCGGGGGAUGACAGCCCUGCAUCCAGCCCAAGCUCCAGUCCCAGUCCGGACGGUCACCGGGAGCUCCAGCGGGCCCGCGUGCUCCAGAGCGGCGGCGGCGGCGGGCUCAGCCUCGGCCUUGGCGGCAGAGGACGCCCGGCAGCAGCGAACGCAGCGCGGGAGAGGAGCCGAGUGCAAACCCUGAGAACCGCGUUCCUGGAGCUACAGAGGACUCUGCCCUCCGUGCCGCCGGACACCAAGCUGUCCAAACUCGACGUGCUGAUACUAGCCACAACAUAUAUCGCCCAUUUAACUCGAACACUGCAGGAGGAAGGCGCGGAGGAGGGAGAGAAAACAAAACAAACAGAGGCGUUACACUCACUGAAGGGGGACGGAUACCUGCACCCAGUGAAGAAAUGGCCCAUGAGAUCCAGACUGUACGUCGGAGCCAGCGGACAGUUCCUGAACAGAAACCCUUCAGAGUCAGAGAACCAAGGCCCAUCAUCGUCCACAUCUCAGUAA